GAGUGUGUGGACAGCUGGCAUCACCUGACAGAGCUGCUGCUGUUGUCUCUGGCGAUGCAGGAGACGCUCAAACACAUCAACACUCACACGGGAAGCUGCUUCCAGCUGAGAGUCGGUAUGGCCCACGGCCCCGUCAUUGCGGGCGUGAUCGGCGCCACCAAACCUCAGUAUGACAUCUGGGGAACGACAGUGAACAUGGCGAGCAGGAUGGAGAGCACCGGCAUCAGCGGGAGGGUCCAGGUCCCUGAGUCCACCAGCUGUAUUUUGGUGGAGCGCGGCUUCCUACGGCAGCUCAGAGGGAACAUUUACCUGAAGGGCAUCAGUGAGCGUCACGGGAAGGUCCGGACGUACUUCGUGAGCGGUCAGGCCGAGACGUCAGUCCAGGGGGACAUGUCUGGCUGGACGGAGCGCGGCGGGGGGCGGGGCUUCGGUCUGAACAGGAACACGCUGGGAGCUGUGGUCUACAGUCUGGUUCAGGCCCGCAAGAGGGACAGACUGAGGGAGGAGAACGGAGGCUUCCACCUGCUGGACACCGCCUAG